UUAUAUACUAUUUUUAUUAUCGUAUUUUAUUAUAUUUUGCAAUGUUUCUGUUGUUGUAUCACGCUGUAGCCUGUUUGUUUUGAUUGUACUAUUUAUAAUUGAACCAUGUGAAGCACUUUGUGGGCUCUCUCUGUGAGAAGUGCCAUAUCGAUAAAAUGUACUCACCUGCUAUUAUUCUUUAAUUUAUCCGCUUUGUCACACUUUAAAAAAGACGAUACUUGUUUAGCGUCGGCUAGCCAGCUAACUGUUGCCAUAACAACACAGGAGAGGGCGAGACUGGUCACGUGACCCAGCAAGAUGGCGACCACAUUGCAGAAUGGAUGGUAAUGUGGUUUAAAGGCCUGGGAUUUGGAUGUGAUUUCUCUAUUGUUCAUCUCCAUCAUCAAAUUACAGAAUCACGAUGGCUCUGAAUGUGUUUGACCAUGAUGAAUACAGACCACCAGUGUGGAAGUCUUACUUGUAUCAGCUCCAGCAGGAGGCGCCACACCCACGCAGGGUGACAUGCACUAGUGAGGUGGACAACCGGCCAAAAUACUAUGGAAGAGAGUACCAUGGGAUGAUUUCCAGAGAGGAGGCCGACCAGCUCCUGAGUCAGGCUGAAGGCAGCUACCUCAUUCGAGAGAGUCAGAGACAGCCGGGCACAUACACCCUGGCGUUAAGGUUCGGAAGCCAGACCAAAAAUUUCCGCCUUUACCACGAUGGGAAGCACUUUGUUGGGGAGAAGAGGUUUGAGUCCAUCCAUGACCUGGUCACAGAUGGCCUCAUCACACUUUACAUUGAGACCAAGGCAGCUGAGUACAUCGCUAAAAUGACCAUUAACCCAAUCUAUGAGCAUGUGGGCUACACCACCCUCAACAUGGAACCCACACUGAAGAAACACGUGCCACACAGCCUAGAAGCCCCCGAUGGCCCGAUGCCUAUCAAAGACGACCACAAUGCUGAAGAGAGGCUCACGUCACUAGUGCGGCGAGCCACGCUGAGGGAGAGCGACAUGGUGCCCAAAUACGAGAAAGUCCACAACUUUAAGGUUCAUACAUUUCGUGGCCCUCACUGGUGCGAGUACUGCGCCAACUUCAUGUGGGGGCUCAUCGCUCAGGGGGUCAAGUGCGCAGACUGUGGGUUAAAUGUCCACAAGCAGUGCUCCAAAGUGGUGCCCAACGACUGCCAGCCAGACCUGCGGCACGUUAAGAAAGUGUACAGCUGCGAUCUGACCACGCUAGUCAAAGCGCACAAUACCAAGAGGCCCAUGGUGGUCGACAUGUGCAUCCAGGAAAUUGAAGCCAGAGGUCUCCAUUCGGAGGGUUUGUACAGAAUAUCGGGUUUCAGUGAGCUGGUUGAAGAUGUCAAGCUGGCGUUUGAUAGAGAUGGCGAGAAGGCGGAUAUCUCAUCAAACGCCUACGAGGACAUCAACAUCAUCACUGGAGCGCUCAAGCUCUACUUUCGAGAGCUACCCAUUCCCCUUAUCACAUACGACGCCUACCCGCACGUCAUAGACUCCGCAAAGAACACGGAUGCAGAAAAGCGCCUGGAAUCUCUUCAUGAGGCCUUGAAGCUGCUGCCGCCAGCUCACUGCGAGUCACUGCGGUACCUCAUGGCGCACCUCAAAAGGGUGACCCAGUGCGAGAAGGAGAACCUCAUGUCCAGCGAGAACCUGGGGAUCGUGUUUGGUCCCACGCUGAUGAGAGCGCCUGGGCUGGACGCCAUGACGGCACUCAAUGACAUCCGCUACCAGAGGCUGGUGGUGGAAACGCUCAUCACCAACGAGGACGUGUUGUUCUGAGAGGCGUCAGAGCAAGCAGGGGAGGGACAAAGGAGAGUGACCAAUGAAGUGCAUCUUGUUCAUCACGACAGGAACACCUGCAGGAAGCUACAUAGAAAUUUUAGAGGGAAGAUAUUUCAAAAAGUGCAAACACUGAGCCACAUUGUGUUCGAGCAGUCAAGAGGAUGCUGUAUCUGCCUUCUUGUUGGGUUCAACUUUCUUCCAAUUCAACCUGGAGCUUGCUAUCAUGAGCCACAAUUAAUCGAUGUAUUGCAGUACGGUAUCCAUGGCAACCACAGUAGUAGCAACUCCCUCUUGUUUUUUGAAAAGAAAAAUGUGAUUGUAUCUCGCUAAAGCGUAACCUAAUGCCACAGAGCAGUGUUAACUCUAUGAAGAAUUGUGUUGCAAUGUUCGUUUUCUUCAAUACAGUAGUGUCAUUUGACAAAAGGCCAAGUGCAGUCAAGAUGCGUUUUGCUUGCCUGUGCACACAAAAUAUGUGAUUUCCACCCCAUUUUUGUCGGGGCAAGGGGACACGAUUUAUCUCUUAGUUGCAAGGCUUUUCAUGAAAAAAUUUAAGGUGGUUAAAAAAACACCUUACUGCUGGACUGUUGUAACAAAUGAAAGUGCAUUUUUCUAUUAUAUUUCGUGUCUGUCAUGUGAUUUUUAAAAACGAUAUAUACUGUAAAAACUGUUUGAUUUCCUCAUGUGCUAAAACCACCAACAUUGAUGAGCUGAACCUGAUGACCACUAAUAACCCUUUUAUGAUCCGUGACACAUCAUAAGAAUGUUACUUUGUCAUUGCUGUACACUAUUUUUUUCUAUAAUUUCUGCAUGAGGGAAUUAAAUUAUUAAACAUGCUGUUAACUA